AUGAAGCUCAGUCUCAUAGGUUCAGUUGUCUCGCUUGCUGCGAGCACAGCAGCUUAUGGCCAAAAUGCCUUCAUGAGCCGGCCAUCAUAUGGACUUCAGAAUACCAGCGCCCCGCCACUACCACCGAGCAAAGAUUCUUGGUAAUUAUUCAAUCGCUAGGAAAAGAGCCCGGAGCUGACAUGCUGCAAGGUACACCGCGCCUAAUAACUUUGAAGCUGCUGCUCCUGGAACAAUCCUCAGACUGAGGCAAGCUCCUGGGAACCUGACAGGAGUCCAGGUCAACUCCAGCGUAGCCUACAAUAUCCUUUAUCGAACCACCAAUAGCAAAUACCAGCCUGCAUGGGCGGUCACAACACUUCUGGUCCCCACUCAUCCAGAUGGCAAUGACAAGCUGCUGUCAUACCAAAUCCCGUACGACUCUGCAGAUGUGGAUUCCAGUCCUUCAUACGCAAUGUACGCGACUGGCGUUGCGGACGUCACCGCUGCCUUAGGGAGAGGGCUGUAUGUCAACGUGCCAGACUACGAAGGACCGCUCGCCUCGUUUACUGCCGGUGUCAUGUCUGGCCACGCGACACUCGACUCCAUCCGGGCAGUCCUUUCGUCUGGGUUCGGUCUGGAUACCGAUAGUACCAAGUACGCCAUGUGGGGCUACUCCGGAGGUGCACUUGCGAGUGAGUGGGCUGCAGAGCUGCAGGUACAAUAUGCUCCAGAGAUGAACUUCGCUGGCGCAGCUCUCGGUGGUCUCACCCCAAAUGUCACUAGUGUCGUGGUUGCCGUUUCCGGUACCCUCGAAGCAGGCCUCAUUCCGGCUGGUAUCGUCGGUCUUUCAACUCAGUACCCUGAGCUCUUGGAGUACUUGAAGGGAGCGCUCAAUCAGGACGGCCAAUUCAACGCCACUGGCUUCUUUGCCACCAGAAACUACACCUUGGUCGAAUCAAUCGUGGCAUAUAUCAACCAGGACAUUACAAAAUACUUCAAGACCGGCGUAUCUGCGCUUCAAGCACCGAUUCCCAGUACGAUCAUCAACCGAGACGGUAUCAUGGGAUACCAUGGCUUCCCAGAAAUGCCCAUCUUUGCCUACAAGGCCAUCAUGGACGAGGUGAGCCCGAUCAACGAUACCGACAAGUUGGUGAACCGUUACUGCGAAGUUGGCGCUACGAUUCGAUACGACCGCAACACUAUUGGCACACAUACUUCUGAGGCUACCAAUGGCGACGCACGAGCAGUGCAGUUCUUGACGAGCGUCCUUGGUGGAAAUUACAACGCGACAGGAUGCCAGAUCCAGAACGUUACGGUCAAUGCCACAGCUUCUAUGUAA